GCCAGCUGUCAGCAACCACGUUGAUUCGUGCGAUUCGUGGAGAAACUGUCUGCUCCUUGAUUUUAGUCAAUCAGAAAAAAAAUAUUUGUUUCAAGUUGAUAAUGGUAUCAAAAAUUAAUCAAGCUGUCCGGAAAACCAAAUCUAAAUCUUAUGAUGCUAUGUGGAAACGUGCUGUCACACCUAAUUCAGAAUGGGCUGAUAAAGAUGAUUUCCUAGAUGUCGUUUAUUGGUCCCGUCAAGUGAUUGGAAUUCUGAUUGGAGUAGUGAUGGGUAUAGUUCCAAUGAAAGGAUUCAUUGCACUGGCGUUGUUCGCUUUAAUCAAUUGCGGUAUAGUAUAUUUCUACAGUACCAGUUUUCAAUCCAUCGACGAAGAAUCCUACGGUGGAAUAUGGGAAAUCAUCAAAGAAGGAUUUAUGACUUCAUUCGCUUGCUACUUAGUAACUUGGAUAAUUUUUUACACUGGAAUUCAUUUUGACUCCAUCAUUGUUAAACCCGUACAGUGAUUAUUAUUGUAAUAAAGUUGACAAUAAUUUAUUAAAGCAGUUAUAAAUAAAUAA